CAACGGGCAGCUCCCAACGAUCAAGUCGUUUGCCUUGCAUCGUCCUUUGCACCUUUCCCGACUGUACAUACGCGACGACGACGGAGACGGCGUCACUUUUUGAUUCAGUUGCGACACCCGAUGCACGAAUGACGGCUGAUGCGCGUUGGGUAGAGAGACGCGUGGAAACACAGCACACGACACGACACGACACGCCGCGACCAUGAGCUCGCAGGCGCCCCAUGGCCCUCGAUGGCGCAGCAGUCCCUUCGGCGGCGGGAAAGAUGCAGAUUCAACAUCACCAGGGCCGCCGCCCGGCCACGCUCGCAGCAAGUCGAGCAUUAUGCAAGCAGGCCACUUGUCGCCCACCAAAGACCAUCUGCGAAAUAACUCCCUCACCGAUUUUGGCCUUCCCGGGAUGAGCAGUGCGGACUCCAGGAGGCUUCGAGCAGGCUCGGGCUCGGUGCGAAACACAACACCCGCGGGCACCUUUGCACCGCAAUUCAUCAAGAGUGAGGAUUUGGACAGCGCGGUGGAACGCGUCAAAGGCAUUGAAGGCGAGAAUGACUUCUCAGGCAAGCGCUACGUCUGGCUGCACGAUCCCGAGAGCGCCUUUGUGCGGGGAUUAGUGGUUGAAGAACUGCCCGAGGGCAUGCUGCGAGUGCAAUGCGACAAUGGCGCGCAACGAGAUGUGCCAGAGGACAGCGUGGAUAAGGUCAACCCUGCCAAGUUUGACAAAGCCGACGACAUGGCAGAGCUCACGCAUUUGAACGAGCCCAGCGUGGUGCACAACCUCCAGCAACGGUACCAAGCCGACUUAAUAUACACUUACUCGGGUCUCUUCUUGGUAACGGUGAAUCCGUACACACCGCUGCCCAUUUACGGCCGGGAUUACAUCAAUAUGUACAAGGGCAGGAGUCGCGAAGAUACCAAGCCACAUAUAUUCGCCAUGGCGGACGAAGCCUUUCGAAAUCUGGUCGAUGAAGGUACGAAUCAGUCCAUCCUGGUCACGGGAGAAUCUGGCGCUGGCAAGACGGAGAACACGAAAAAGGUCAUCCAGUACCUGGCAGCGGUAGCCACUUCUGAGACUCCGCGAGGCAAGUCCGGCGGGAGGCAGCUUUCGAAUCUCUCUGAGCAGAUUUUGCGUGCCAAUCCGAUUCUCGAGGCAUUCGGUAACGCUCAAACUGUGCGAAACAACAAUUCUUCUCGAUUCGGGAAGUUCAUCAGGAUUCAAUUCGGGCGUUCCGGUCAGAUCGCAGGCGCUCACAUUGAUUGGUACCUGCUCGAGAAGAGCAGAGUUGUGCGCCUCAACUCCCAGGAGCGAAAUUAUCACGUCUUCUACCAACUACUGCGCGGGGCGAGCUCAAGCAUGCGACGAGAGUUCAUGCUCGAAGGAUGUGACUACGAGGACUUUGAGUAUACCCGGCGUGGUAACGACACCAUUUCAGGAGUGUCUGACAAAGAGGAGUGGAAUUCUCUUGUCGAGGCUUUUCACGUCAUGAACUUUUCAGAACAAGACCAGCGAUCUAUCCUACAAACCAUCGCUGCUGUCUUGCAUCUUGGAAACAUAACAGUGAUGAAAGAGACCAUCCGAGGCGACCAAGCCGCGCUGGCUCCUGAGGCAGAGAAGUCUGUUGCACGCGCUUGCAAGCUUCUUGGAAUCAGUGUAGAGCCCUUUGUCCGAGCGUUGUUGCACCCUCGCGUCAGGGCUGGUCAUGAGUGGGUGGAAAAGGCGCAGACUCCUGAGCAAGUGCGUCUCGCGAUUGAUGCUCUGGCUAAAGGAAUUUACGAGCGCUCUUUCAAGGACCUGGUUGACCGCAUCAAUUGCCAGCUGGAUCGCUCCGCUGCUGGCGCAUAUUCCGAUGACACCUCCUUCAUUGGAGUACUUGAUAUCGCGGGUUUCGAAAUAUUCGAGGAGAACAGCUUUGAACAGCUGUGCAUCAACUACACCAACGAGAAGCUUCAGCAGUUCUUCAAUCAUCACAUGUUUGUACUAGAGCAAGAAGAGUACGCGCGAGAGCAGAUUGAAUGGAAAUUCAUCGAUUUCGGUCGUGACCUCCAGCCUACCAUCGACCUCAUUGAGCUGAGCAACCCAAUCGGCAUUUUCUCAUGCUUGGAUGAAGAUUCGGUAAUGCCAAAGGCUACGGACAAGACUUUCACAGAGAAGCUGCAUUCAUUAUGGGAUCGUCAGACGCCUAAAUACAAGAGAUCUCUGCUCAAGCAAGGCUUCAUGCUUACCCACUAUGCCGCUGAAGUUGAAUACUCCACAGACGGCUGGCUAGAGAAGAACAAGGACCCGCUCAACGACAAUGUGACUAGACUUCUGGGCCACUCAACCGACCACCAUGUUGCUGGUUUGUUUGCAGACUGUGCAGAAAUCACAGAAGGCGAGGGUGCUAUGCGAAGCCGUGUGAAGAAGGGGCUGUUCCGCACUGUCGCCCAGCGACACAAAGAGCAGCUAUCCACAUUGAUGGCACAGCUACACUCCACGCAUCCCCACUUCGUCCGAUGUAUCUUGCCAAAUCACAAGAAGCGUCCAAAGCUGUUCAACAAUGCAUUGGUACUCGACCAGCUCCGGUGCAACGGUGUAUUGGAAGGCAUUCGCAUUGCCCGAACAGGUUUCCCCAAUAGAUUACCAUUCGCAGAGUUCCGCGCACGAUACGAGGUUCUGUGUCAAAACAUGCCCAAAGGAUACAUUGAGGGUCAGGCUUACUGCAAGCUCAUGCUAGAACGGCUCAACAUGGAUCGCAGCUGGUAUCGAGUUGGUCUUAGCAAGGUCUUCUUCCGCGCAGGAGUCCUCGCUGAGCUGGAAGAGAAGCGCGACGCUCUCAUUCGUGAUAUCAUUAUCCGAUUCCAGAGUGUGGCUCGGAUGUACGUCCAGCGGCGGAUAUACAAGAAGCAACAGUAUCGCGCAGAGGCAACUCGAGUUAUCCAGCGUAACUUCCAGGUAUAUGCCGAGCUCCAACAGAAUCCCUGGUGGCAGCUCUUCGUUCGCAUGCGGCCACUGCUGGGCGCUACAAGACAAUCGAACGAAGUGAAAAAGCGUGAGGAGGAAAUCAAGCUCUUGCAGGAGAAAAUGCAGCAAGAAGAGGCCCAGCGCGCAAAGGUCGAAGACGAGCGCAGGCGUGCAGAGGCUGAGAUUCAGAAAGUGCAGCAGACACUUGAAAGCGAGAGAGCCCUUGCUCUGGACAAGGAGGAAAUCUUCCGAAGAUUGCAAGAUCGCGAAGCUGAGUUGAUCGAGAAGCUGCACGGUGCACUUGAAGACCAAGAAGGUUUGGAAGAUCAGCUCGAGGAGCUGAUGGAUGCUCGCAAACGCACUGAGCAGCUGGCCGAGGAGCGUAAAGGGCAGCUGGAGCAAGCAGGUCAAAUCAUCGCAAAACUGGAAACCGAAAAGACGGAUUUGACCGAUCGCAUCGCUGAAUUAAAUGCGCACCUGGAGCAGGUGGAGAAGACCAAAUCUAUGCGCAGCGAGCAGGAAGAGGCAUUGCAACAAGAAAUCCGCAUGCUCCAAAGUCAACUGAGUCUUAAGGACCGAAAGCUGCAGGACCUGGAGGCCAAGCUCCUCAAGAACGAUCAAGAUCUUGACCUCAAACUGGCGACCGCAAACAAAGAUCUGGGGAAUGCGAAGAAACAAGUGCGUGAGCUGCUUGACGAAAACCGAUCGAUUCGUCAACAAAUGUCCGACCUGUCAGCGUCUGCAACGAGCUACGAGGAUCUCAUCAAGCGGAAAGACAGCGAUCUGGCCAUUCUGAAGACGGACUUGAAGCGCUUCCAAGACGACCGCAAGCGAUUCGAGGACGAAAAGCAGAGCCUGACAGCGCAACAUAGCAGCGUUCAAAAGCGGCUGCGCGACGUGCAAGCUGAGAUGCAAGCUAUGAAGACUCAACAUGCUCAACUUGAGCGUGAGGCGUCGGAUGCCCGACGGGCACUUGAAGAGCAGACCUCCGCAAAUGAGCAAGUGGCAAUGCUUGAAGCGCAGCUCCACGACGUCAAAGGCGACCUGUUCCAGACCCAGACUGACCUUAGCAGGGAACAGCAAUCUCGCGACGAUGUCAAGCGCAUUGCUGCUGCCGAGUAUGGUGAUCUCAAACGCGAAUACGACGCGUUGAACGACUCGAAGGUCACCAUCGAGAAAGAAAUGUAUGCCCAGUCCGACCUGACUCGCAAUGCCACGGCCGCCCGCGAGAAGGCAGAGCAAGAUCGGAAAGACUACCAAGCUGAAUUGCAAAGCCUUCGCAAGAAGUUCCUCGAAUUGCAGGAAGCAAAACUCGAGUGCGAAGCUGAGGUGGAGCGAAAUGUUACCCAGCAGGCGAACGAGCGACAUGCUGUCGUGCGUCGAGAACUGGACGUAAGAACACAAGAAGCGGAGCACGCAGAAUCUGAGCGUGCUCGGCUGGCAGGCGAAGUGCAACGUCUGAAAUCUUUUAUCGCAGAAUCGGAGAAUUUCAAGCUACACCACGAUCAAGAGAAGCAACGUCUCGAGCGCGAAUUGGUUACAGUCAAGGGCCGAUUAACGGCAUCCGAGAACGACAACCGUGCAUUAAUGAACAAGGUGCAGCAGAAGAAUUUGGACAUUGCCCGUUCCAACUCCAAGGUCAGCGAUACCCAUCGUGGCAAGAUUGCCCAGUUGCAGAAUGAGAAGGCGAAGUUCGAGGAAGAGGCGAAGAAGCUGCAGCGCCAGCUUACUGAUUCGCAGCUCACAAUCACUUCUCUUGAAAAGCAGAAGGAGAAGCUUAGCCUGAGCCUCGAGGAUCUCAACCAUGAAGUCGAGCGGGAGCACAAGGCCACACGAAACGCAGAGCAGCAGUCGUCGGCUGUGAGCUUACAGCUAGCGGAGGCAAAUCGAAAGCUUGAGACUGAGCGAACGAUGCGGUCUCAGGCUCAACAGAACAGCAAGACCUUGCAAGGCUCCCUAGACGCGGCUCAUAAUGAGCUGACCGAAGCACAUGGCCAUUUGAGGUUGCUGCAGAAGAUUUUCGAUCCCGAGAACGGCAAGCUGCCUGCCAACCUUGACGGUGCAAAGCCAGACAUGCAGAGGACGAUUGAUCUCGCUCAGAAGCUGGAUUCCUCUGAACAAGCCUUACGCCUUGCGACUGAACGCUUCUCUCGAGCCGAAUCUCAGCUGGAACAGCUUAGAUCACAGCACCAGGAAGACAUGCAGGAGAACGACAACCGCCAUCAAAAUUCGAAGCGUGCCCUGCUGGAGGAGAUGAACGCAAGCCAGGUCAAUGCCCGAUCAUCGCCUAGUAAUGUGAGGCGAGACUUUGAGGGUCGCAGGGUGUGGUCAGCGGCUGCCAAUGGUGUGUCGACCCCUACCAACCAGCGCCAUAUCAGCAAGGAGAGUCACGAUUCGGCACGUUCUGAUCGCACCACGGAUACUUUCACGUACAACAACCGCAUGGAUCUCGCUGCUGAAGUGGAUAUGCUCCAGAACCAGCUGCAAAUGUCCGAGAUGAAGAAUGCGCACUUGCAGGCCCAGGUUGAGCGAACUCCAGCAAAGGCCGCGUGGCAGGAAGAGAGUCCUUCAAUGCGGCGUGUGCAGAAGCUUGAGCGGGAGAACUUCCGCCUUCACGACAUGCUCGAUGACUCUGCGAAGAAAGUGUCAUCGCUGGAGCAGAGUAUGCGUGCGGGACAACUUUCCUUCCAAGAAGUCCAGACCAAGAGCCACGAAGAGUUGUAUGAUCUCAUCAACUCGCAAGAACAAUCUCGCCGCUCCCUGCUUACAUCCCACAACGCUGCUAUUGCAGAGCUGACCGAUGCUAAGACGGCAUUCGACGAGAUUAAGCAGUACAAGGCAUCUGUGGAAAUUGAGCUGCGUGACGCAAAGUCGGAGCUCUCUGACGUUCGAUACGAGCGCGAGCAAGAAGCAGGCAACCAUGCGCAGCUUCUGCAAGAGUUCUCCGACUUACAAAUUCGACUGGACGCCGAAACUUCAAGAUGCGACGAUCUCAAUGCCAGCAUGGACCUGUACAAAGCUCGUGCGGAUGAGUACUUCGAGAAGUUGGAGCAGGCUGAGAUCGCAGUGUUGAAGGCAUCACGAGCAGAGCAAUUUGCAAAAUCGCAGGCGAAGGAAAUGGAAGAGACUUGCGCGACGAUUAUGUCGGAACGCAAGGAGAUGGACGCCCUUGUCGAAGAUCUCCAGCGUCAAGUACAGCAGUUCGAGGAGAGAAUCGAGGAUGUUUCGACAGAUCUGGACAGCGCUCUUCAAGCCAAAAAGAGACUACAAAACGAACUCGAGGACUACCGUUCGCAGCGAGCUAUGGACAUCGAGGACAAGGAGUCUUCGCUCGAACAGACAAGAAAGAAGUAUCAAACCGAGCUGGCUAGCCUGUCCAACGAGCUAGAGGUAGAGCGAGACAAUGUGAUCCAUGCUCGAGGCGAAAAUGGACGACUUCGUGACGAGCUCGAGGAGUUGCGCAACAAGUGGGACGACGAAGUCCUCAACAGUUCGACUUGGGCUAAGGAGAAGUCUCGCCUGGAAGUGGCGCUGCAGAGUAUAUCAGAUUCCCGAGACGACGCUGUCAGUGCCCACAAUGAUGCCCAAAGCAAGGUUGUCGAGCUUCUCGGACAGGUUCGUGCACUGCGGACAAGCGUGGAUGAUACCAUUGCCGAGCGUGACAUGCUGCUGAAAGAAAAGGCUGGUCUGCAGACCCGCCUCGCCGAAGCGGCUGAACGCCUGCAAGACCUAUCGGACAAUGGCUCUCCAUCGAAGCGCGCGGUCGCCAUGUCCGACAAGGAAGUGCUCGAGCUGAAGACGAAGCUUGCCCAGCAAGAAGACAUUGCGGCAGCUGCAGUUGGCAAGAUGCGACGAGCUGAAGCUUUGGCACAAGAGGUGUCCAAAGACAUCGCCACGCAACGCGAGAGCAGCGUCCAGCUCCACAAGGAGAAGGCCGCCCUCGAGAAGAGUGUCAAGGAUCUCCAAUUACGUUGCAUCGAAUUGGAGACGAAAGGAUACACCAGUGGCAGCCAGGACGUUCGAUAUCUCCAUGGCAGGAUCCAAGAGCUCGAAAACCAAUUGGAAGAUGUCGAAAAGUCACGCACGACCGAAGCACGCAGCGUGCGCAACGUAGAUCGUACCGUCAAAGAUCUGCAGGUCCAGAUUGAGCGACGCGAAAAGUCUCAGCAGAUGCUUCAGGAAGAUCUCAACAAGUCCCGAGACAAGAUCUCCCAGCUUCUCGAGACUAUCGAUGAGCUCCAGCAGUCGGAUUCUACCGCACAACUUGCGUCCAAGCGCGCCGAACGUGAGCUUCGGGAAGAGCGCGAGAAGAACCUUCGCCUUGAACGAGAGCUUGAACGCAUGGGAAUCGUUUCGCGGGCUGACCGUGAAAGCGUGAGGAGAUCCGCGACGUUAGCCAACUUGAGUGAUGCAGGCUUCGGAGCAGACCGCUCCAGGAGGGGCUCUUCCGUUGCUCCAACUCCGCCAGGUACUUCUUCUGGCGACUUGAAGAUUGAGGUGCCGCAACGCAAGAGUUCUUUGUCAAAGGGGUUUUUAUGAGUGUGAACGGCGCUAUGGAGGAUGGAGUUGUACAAGAUACUGUUGAUACUUUCGGUCUGAGGGGUUCGAUGAGUACGAAAAGAAGGGCCAAGCUAAUGCUCAAGAGCGAGGCUUUCUUGUGAGAAUGAUGGUCGAAAGAUACCCUUGAGUGUUUGAGCACGGUGUGUUUGGCGCUUCUUGUUCUUGGGGCAGUGGCGGUAGGGUCUGCUGAAUAUUCGGGUCUGCUUUUUGGGUCUCGUUUUGGGGAAGAAGCACAGCAUCAUGAGUGGGUGGUAAUCGGCCGGAUCAUGAUUGUAUAUUUGGUAAUGACAUGAAUGAAUGGCGGACGACGAUGAAGACAUGGUUUCGUGCCAGCUUGCGCCAACUGAGUCUCAUUGAAUGUAAGAUCUCGCCCGAACAUCAGAAACCACAAAUCAUCAGGAA